UUGCUCAUCCUUGGCGGAACAGAUAUGCAACAAUAUUUUGCACACAUUGGGACUAAAAGCGUGAAACCCAGACGUGAAUUGCACAUGAAACCCUCGAGCGAAUUUGAAGAUGGAAGCUUGUGCGUCGAACAAUAUGAAAUGCUUCCACGUUUCUUAAAGUUGACUUGGGUAAUCUGUCUUGGGGACCACGCACGCAUUUGCUUGGAUUCAUGUAGAAUCGAAUCAUCUGAAGGUUCCCGAGGGUACGGACAUCACACACAGCAACAUCCUUCAUCCUCAUGCAGUAAGGUUUCCAAGAAUAUGUUCAAGGCGCCAGGAUUGCGUUAUCAUUUCCCAAAUACGUCGUAUGUGCGCGUGAGUGUGAGAACGAAUGUUCGAUUCUCGUGA